GCCCCUGAACCGAGUGCGGCCGCACAUUGCGAGCACCGCGCUUGCUACCGGGGUAUAUAUAAAAGUUGACCGGAAAGGGAGUAACGGUGUUUGUGUGUGUGCACGCGCUUCGCCAAGCGCCGAGUCGUCACUUCUGCGCGAUCCCGGGAGUCGUACCGCAUCCCACCGUCGCACGCCCCCGUAAAUCCACCGCGCCGGUCCCGGAUUAUCUCGCAGCUUCUCCGCCGGCGAGCCAGCAUGAACGCGAAGCUGUUCGUGAUGCUCGGAACGCUCGCCGUGGCGAACGCCGGCGUUCCACUGCUGGGAGGUGAAAGCACGCAGCACAGAGCUCAGGACGAUUAUGGCAACUACCAGUUCAGCUACGACAUCGUCGACCCACUGGGCGCCACCAACGGCCGCUGGGAGGUAGGGGAUGCAUACGGCAACAAGCGCGGAGGCUACACCAUCACCGACAUCGACGGCCGUCAUCGGCGCGUCGAGUACGUGGCCGACGCGUACGGAUUCCGCGUCAUCGUCAACACCAACGAGCCCGGUACGGCGGCCAGCGCGCCGGCCGGCGCCGUCUUCAACUCGCCUUACGUGAACGUAAUACGGGGCCUGGCACUGGCGAAGCCCGUGGUCGCCGCUGCCGCGACGGCUGCCGUGCCGGUGACCCACGCGUACGCGCCGUACGCGCAGCGCGUGCCCAAGGUCGUGCUGCAGGCGCCUGCAGUGCUGGCCGCGCCGCCGCUGGCCGGCCAUUACGGGGGAUACGCACCUUCCUUCCACGGACAGUUCGGACGGCGCAUCGGGGCGGCGCGAAACUUCUACAACUAUUACAAAAAGCGCUGACACUUCGUGCCCGCGGGCUGCCAGAGGUACGCUUAAAAAAAAUUGGAGCAGUGGGACAAGCAUAUAAAAUAAAUUUGUUACAACGCCCCAUAAAGUAUUGAAAUGAGGGUUCGCGCCUAUUUUGUUCGUUUUUAAUUUACUCGCCUGCGCACCGCGUGAGCCCCACCUAUUUGGCCUUCCAUGUGUUAUUAGAGUUCAUUCAUUCUUUGCUGCCCUAAAUAUGAGUUGAAGAAAGGAGAAAAAGAAAAGCGUACUUCACACGAACGUUACAGAAUGUAAGAAGGGCUGGUUCUGCAAACGUGACGCGGUGUACUUAAUUUAUGAAAAUCCACUCACGAUGUGCAAUACACGUGGUGCGUGAACAAAGCGUUUCGCCGUGAGCUGCGAGAAAGUGUCUGGCGGUGGACUUGCGAAGUAGGGCAUCAGGAACGGAAUUCACAAAGCGCUUCUUCCGUCAGAACUACAUUUCAUUGGUCUUGUGCCUUCACUAAAGUUAUGCUUGCUCCCGUCAGGAUUGGUCGGCUCACUUAUUUACGAACCUCUGUAGCGUACGAAAUCCUCGUUGAAAACGUGUCCGGUUUCGCCAUAUCUGACCUCAGGUUCAAUAAGAUGCCCCCGAAGCGUACAACGGAGCCCUGUCCGGACCGCUAGCGUCUGGGACUUGCAAAAGCUUUCCAUGAAAUCAUUUAUUGUUAACGCAAACUUACUUUCAGGUGUGGGUAAAUAUAGACAGCUUAGGCAUGUGACUGCCCUUUGCAGUCGAUUGCUUGGCAGUGUGCGGUAGCGCUCAAGUACAGCCUGCAUAUGUACUCAAAUAGCACCUAGCGAUUUAUGGUGCUCCAUUGCAUCUGCAGAAACACACACAAAUAUAUAUAUAUAU